AUGUCUCGUGCAACAAGCGUGUCUCGUGACUCACUCAACAUUGAUGUCUACCAUCAAGGUGUUUUUUCUCCUAAUCCCUUGGUUUACUUUCAUCCUGAUAAAGUACCUGUUAUGGGGCUAGAUGUACGUAACAUGGAUUUCAAGAAGUUCAAGACCUAUCUCCAAAAAUUGAUCAACAAUAGAUGUCGGGAUAUGUAUUACUGUCUUAAAAAUCGGUCCCUCGUAGAUGGGUUAAGGGAGCUCAGGGAUGAAGAUGAUUAUGUUAGGUUCCUUGAUGCUGGGUUUGAUGAUGAUGAUAAUCAAAUAAGUAUCUACAUUGAUGACCAUCAUGAACCCUUAUUAGAUUGGAUUGAAGAAGAAAAAGCUGAAGAAUGGGAUAGUGGUACUGAAACAUAUGAAGAUGAUGUGGACUCGGUAUUAUCGGAUGAUCUAUCGGUGGACCAUGAAGCUGAUGAUGAGGACAUUCAAUGGCUGAAGUUGUUGAUCCUUUUUUGUCACAAAGAACCUUAUUCCACAAAGAGGCAUAGAGGAAGAAGCUGGUGGUAA